AUGGCAGAAACCGCGACUUCCCAAAAUCCCAGCGAACCGUUGGAACGACUCGCCCACUACAAGCAGAAGCCCAUUCCAGAUUCAACCGCCACCAUGGCUGGACAUACUGAAGACCACAGCUACCAUCCUAAGGAUGCGAUCCAGGCGGCAAUGAAGACCACUAUGCUCACUGGUGGAGUGGGUCUUUUCGCCUCGGCAGUUCAGAACACCCUCACCAGGAAGAACGUUGGGCCAUUCGGUGUCUUCGUGAGGAGCGGCGGCACAAUCGGUGUCUUCGCGGCAAUGGGAGGUACCUAUGAGUUCGUGAAGACGGCGUCCGCCAAUCUGCGGGAGAAGGAGGAUCACUGGAACGUCGCAUUGGGUGGUUUCUUCUCUGGUGCAAUUCUGGGUCUACGAGCCCGGACUUUCCCCGCCCUUCUCGGUUAUGGUGCUGCACUGGCAACCGCCAUGGGCACUUUCGAAUACACCGGCGGAUCGUUGUGGGGUUACAAGAAGAAUGCCGAUAUUGACGAGUUCGAACGUCGGGAGCAAUUGCGGAAGUCUUACAGAACCUCGGGCGAGCAGACCCUUGCUGAAUUGGGUGAGGGACGAGGUAUGUCCAUCAGAUUUGUCAUGGCUUUAAUAGAAAGGUACAUUAUCGCUGAUGUGAUCUAUAGGUCUCUAUGGCCCUGCUACGCCGAGAGACGGGCACAGAGAAUCAAGGAAGCAUACGGUAUCGAGGUCCCCACAUCCCAGGCUCCCGCUUCAUGA